AGGCAGCCCUUUUUUUUAUAAGAGGAUUCGGUAGCUUGGAGGUUGGCGCACUUUAGGUCAGCAGCCAUGGAUGCUACUAAGGUUGCAGGGUGUUUCAAGGAUAGGACCAUCCUCGUCACCGGCUCGACCGGCUUCUUAGGAAAAUUGCUGGUGGAGAAGAUACUGCGAGUUGAGCCAGGCGUGAAGAAACUCUACCUGCUGGUGCGUGCGCCCGAUGAUGUGGCUGCCGAGCAGCGUAUGCUCCAUGAGAUUAUAGGGAAAGAACUCUUUAGCGUUCUGCGAGAAGAACAUGGAGCUGAUUUCCAGUCCUUCAUCAAAGAGAAGAUAUCCCCUUUAGCUGGGGACAUGAUACAUGAGAAUCUUGGCCUUGAGAGCACCCAAGCCAAGCAGCUGUUCGAGGAGAUUGAUAUUAUCGUCAACGGAGCUGCAACCACUAAUUUCUACGAGAGGUAUGAUGUUGCCUUGGCAUCCAACACCUUGGGAACCGUAAAUAUAUGCAAGUUCGCAAAGCAGUGUUCUCACCUCAAGCUGCUCCUUCAUGUUUCCACAGCCUACGUAGCUAGCUGUAAGCAAAAAGGCCGGAUACUAGAGAAACCGCUCCAGAUGGGCCAAACACUAAAGAAGGGUCGCUGCAUCGACGUCGAAGCAGAGCUAGAUUUAGCUAAUGAUGUCAAAGCAAAGCUUGUGAAGACUCGUUCUGGUAACGACACCUCUCAUCAGAAGCUACAAAAGGUAGCCAUGAAGGAACUCGGCUUGAAGAGGGCUAAGUACUUUGGGUGGCCCAACGUCUAUGCGUUCACCAAGGCUAUGGGAGAGAUGCUGCUUGGCACCAUGAGGGGAGACCUCCCUGUUGUCAUAAUGCGGCCAAGCAUCGUAAUAAGCACUUUUCAGGAUCCAUUUCCUGGAUGGAUAGAAGGAAUCAGGACAAUGGAUGUUAUGAUUGCUGCUUCCUACGAGCAAAAACUUCCGUGUUUCAUAGGCGGUCACGUACUUGAUUCGAUACCGGGAGACAUGGUGGUUAAUGCUACAAUGGUAGCCAUGGCCACUCACUACGACUGUUCGGGAACUCAAGUAGUCUACCAUGUGACCUCAGCACUCCAAAAUCCACUGUCAUGCAAUCUUCUAGAGGAAUCAGUAUAUGGGUACUGCUUGAUCAAUCCUCGUGUGAGGGACGACAAGAGGACCAUGCAACAUGAAAGGCCUAUGUUGUUCAGUAGAUAUGCAUAUUUCCAUGCCUAUAUGGUUCUAGCAUACAAGACACGACUCCAGGUGCUUUAUCUAGCGAAUCGUCUAUUACUUUGUGGGCGCUUCACAGAGUAUCACAAUAAACUCAACAGGAGCUUGAAUUGCUUGAUGUUUAUGGCCAAGCUUUAUGCCCCAUACGUCUUCUUCAAGGGAUGCUUUGAUGACACGAACCUGAGAAUGCUGCGGGGGACGACAGGGAAAGAGCAUGGUGAUGGAUCCGUGUUCAACUUUGAUCCCAAUUGCAUCAACUGGAGAAUGUAUAUGUUCAACACCCACAUCCCGGCUGUUCUCAAGGUGGCAGCCCACAUGAAGAAAGAAGGCACUGCAUGAUAUGUAUCGGUUGAUCUUUGCGCGAAGGAGGUCCUUGCUAUCAUGAUAUUGCACUAUAUGGCGGUGGUUGGGUGGAAAACUCAUGCAAAGGCUUGAAUAAACCUAGCUACUUAUAUAUUCCUUAAUUCAUUUAUAUAUGACGUUGAUCAGUUUAAUUUUGAGCAAGCCAGCGUCAUAUAUAAACGAAUGGAGGUAGUAUAAACAAUUUAUAUUGUACUUUACAAGCGUUACCUUCUAAAUCGAGCUAUUUUUAGAUAUGAAGUAUAAACGGUAUGUACCAAGGACAUGGUUGUAAAAGAAAAGGAAAAAGAUAUAGAAUAAAAUAAAAGAUGAUAUCCUACUUGCAUGUUUGUGCUUUA